AUGAACUCAGAUUAUAUUAGUUACGAAUUAUCGUUAUGUGUUAUUAAAGCUGAAACGGGAUAUGCUCACGUAAUAUUGCCAAUUGUUGGUGUAGGUCCUGAUUGCGUUUCCCAAGGGUUUAACUUCCUUCCUAUUGCUGCUUUAUUAA